CUCUGCCCGGAAGCCAUCGUCCAGCCGCAAGCACCCACCACCGAAAGCAUCCAGCACCCGCAAGCACUCGCCGCCAUGCCUCGCCAGUCCCGCCGCUCCACCACCCCGUCCCGCGCCCCUGCUCCUCCCGCGCAGCAGUCUCGCCCUGCGUCCACCACCUCGCACCCUCCCCCUUCCGCCCAUCCUCCGGCCCCUGCCCCGGCUCCCGCGGCCGUCGCUGCUCCUGCGCCUGCUCCUCAGCAGCCCGGCCUCUUUGCUCAGAUGGCCACUACCGCCGCCGGUGUUGCCGUCGGUAGCGCCGUUGGCCACACCAUCGGCGCCGGUCUGACCGGCCUCUUCAGCGGCUCCUCGUCGACCCCCCAGGAGGUUGCUCCCGCCCCCGCUGCCCCCCAGCAGCAGAACUUUGGUGGUGCCUCCUGCGAUGCUGACCAGAAGGCCUUCAUGCGAUGCCUGGACGCCAACUCCAACGACAUCUCGGCCUGCCAAUUUUAUCUCGACCAGCUCAAGGCUUGCCAAGCUGCCGCUCGCACCUACUAAGCGCAGACUGCGCCUUGACCUCCGGACUCAUCGGGGCUAGGCCAUGUGUCUGGGCCCGUUUCUGUUAUCCAAUCCUGUAGAUUUGCCGUCACAACCUUGCAUAUUCAAAUAUACUCCUUUUUUUCUCA